AUGGCAUCAACCAUUAUCAGAGUGAUUCCUACGCAACCCAGAUUCAUUGUGUAUUGGAACAAUUCUAUUUCUAACAACACUACUUCUAGAAUCUUCCAUCCCCGUUGUAAUCUUCGACAUCCGCUUUCUAUUAUGGCGACUUCUCAAGACUCAUCUUCAACCAAAACGGAGAGGGUGGUGAUAAAGGGGAGGGUGCAAGGAGUAUUUUACAGGAAUUGGACGGUGGAUAAUGCCACGGAAUUGGGGUUGAAGGGAUGGGUUCGAAACCGGAGGGAUGGUUCUGUGGAGGCUCUGUUCUCCGGUAGUUUUGAUGCGGUGAAGGAAAUGGAGCAGAGGUGUCGUCGCGGUCCGUCCGAAGCUGUUGUCACUGGCCUUGAGGUUCUCCCCUGCGGUGAUGAUCCUGGUACUGCUUUCCAACGCAAACCAACUGUUUGA